AUGGAUCAUCAGCUAUGUGGAAGGUUUCGCACAUUAAGAGCAUAUUUACCUGAUGAAUUAAACGAAUCUACAACCCUCGAUUUUCAUAAUAAUGGGAGUAUUAGGAAUUAUUGCCCUAAUGGAGAUUCAGGAAACACUAAAGAAUGUAAGACGGAUUUAGAUAAAAUAAAUGCUGCAUGCUUAUGGUUAUUUCAACAAAAUAUUAUUAUUAAUAUUGAUAGUUUAAGUAAAGAAAAAUCUGAAGCAUUUAUUAUAUAUAUUAUGAUAUGGUUAAGUUAUAUGUUAAACCUAAAGAAUGUUAAUAAUAUCAAAAGCCUAAAAGAUUUUUAUACUAAUCAUAUAAAAAAUAAUACGCAUUAUACAACUUGUAAUAAAUCUGAUAAUUAUUGUAGCAAUUCAUUAAAAAACAAAACGGGAUAUAAUAAUUUUAAGGAGUUUAUAAAAAGAAACGAAUGUUUUAUGAGUAUUAAUAUUACAGACAUGUCUAAAUUUUAUGGUGCAUUUAAAUCAUUAUGUAACAUGUAUAAUGAAAUUGAUGCAAACAAACCAACAUGCAAGAAAUAUUUAGAAAAGGCUAAGGAAUUUGUUGCAAAAUAUAAUGAACUUAAUAAUGUUUCUGAUAUUACUGAAGAUAGUCCAUAUUAUCAAAUAUUGCCUACAUUAUCAAAUGAUUAUAAUAAUUUUAAAAAUUAUUGUAAUACAAAUAAAGUUGAUUGUAGUGAUAUUCCAUCCCUUUCACCGAUAAACACAACACAAAAUCCUGUACAAAGUUCUGAACCGAGUUCUAAAGUUACAUCAUCAAGUUCGUCGAUAAAAAAUAAAUUAAUUCCAGUUUUAUCGAUAAUUGUUGCAGUACCAAUAUUCUUGGGAAUUUUUUAUAAGUAUUCGUUAUUUGGAUUUCGAAAAAAAUGUAAAAAAAUAAAGAAGAAAAUUAAUAUAAGACUCGAAGAGUAA